GUCCAAUCACAAUUUGUGUACUGAAGGAUGCUGUGACGUCAUAUUUGUGCGCCAAAAUCUGCAGCUAUGGAGGUGGCUUUCUUCGUUUUUCUUUCAAAUAUUGUAGCUUUAAAAUGGAAAUAGAACGAAAAAGAGCACUGUUGUCAAAAGAAAGCUAGAGGCGCUUUUGGUAGAGUUAUUUGCCAUCCGCAAUAGAUCAGCUCUAUCUGCGUGAAAUAGGGAAUGAACGACGAGACAGCAUCGGACAGCUGGAAGAGAAACUCCGGGUGCUCCAGUAUUGAGCAAAUGCUGGCUGUGAAUCCCGGAAAGACGCCCAUCAGUCUGCUGCAGGAGUAUGGAACGCGGAUAGGCAAAACCCCAGUGUAUGACCUGCUGAAGGCAGAGGGACAGGCCCACCAGCCCAACUUCACAUUCCGCGUCUCCGUCGGAGAGAUCAGCUGCACCGGCCAAGGGCCCAGCAAAAAGGCGGCAAAGCACAAGGCAGCUGAGGCUGCUCUGAAGAUGCUCAAAGGAGGCCUGGGAGGUCCAGCUGGUGUCGUUGUUGGAGCAGACGAGUUUGUUGCCGUGGAUGUGUCAGUUGAUGGAGACGGACCCCAAUCAGAGAUGAAAACUACAAACACUUCCCAGCAGUCUGAAUGUAAUCCUGUUGGGGCUCUUCAGGAGUUGGUGGUGCAGAAAGGAUGGCGUCUGCCGGAGUACACGGUCACCCAGGAGUCUGGUCCAGCACAUCGCAAAGAAUUUACUAUGACCUGCAGAGUUGAAAGAUUUGUAGAAAUUGGAAGUGGUACUUCUAAGAAAUUAGCCAAGAGAAAUGCAGCCGCUAAGAUGCUGUCACGAAUCCACGAUGUGCCAGUAGACCUGCGAAGUACCAACGAUGCCGACACGGAAGAGGACACCUUUAACAUGCACUUGGGGGGUAGAGUGGAGUCGGGCAAAGCUAAAGGCUUCAGCUGCACGUGGGACUCGCUGCGGAACUCUGCUGGAGAGAAGAUCCUCCAGCUCCGCAGCCACCCUCUGGGCAUGCCCUCCGACUCCAACUUCUGCGCCCUGCUGGGUGACCUGUCAGCAGAGCAGCGCUUCGAUGUCAGUUACCUAGACUUAGAGGAGCGCAGCCUCAGUGGCCUGUGUCAGUGUCUGGUGGAGCUGUCCACACAGCCAAUCACGGUGUGCCACGGCUUUGCCACGAGCACGGACGCCGCGCGGGCCAACGCAGCUCACAACGCACUUCAGUACCUCAAAAUCAUGGCAGGAGGGAAAUGAUGACACGGUUUCUCCUGACAGAUUCCAAAACUCGCCAAGUUCUUCUUCUUCUUCUUAUUAUUAAUAUGAAUGAAUCCCAGAUUGUUUUUGCCACGACUCAAUCUGAACCCAGUUUUUAGUUUGUUUUAUUCUACGUCUGACAUGUGCCACUGAAGAUUUACCUGCCUAAAACAAUCUCAUCAAAGCUUCCCCUUCUGCAUUUUAGUCAUUUAGUUUUCCUUUCAUCCACUCUGUUUUAUUAAAUAUAAACUUUUUUAGAAAAUAUUUAGGUAAAACUAUAAAUGGUGCUUCUCAAUUAGGAAUCCUGGUUUACAGGAAUGAAGUAAAAAGUGUAUAUUCUUCCAUAUUUAAAAAGAAAUAAACUGCUAAAAACACAAGUAAAUGAGCCUACCCAAGUCCUGACAAACUUUAUUUAAACUUCUACAGUUCAACACUGCCACAUUUUAAUGUGUAGCCAUGCUAUCUUUUAUCUUUAAGCAAAUUAGGUGUGUAUUUUUGGAAGUUCAGUCUGUGAUGGGUCGCGCUCUUUGCAGCCGGCGCUUCACUAAUCUAGUCCUGUUUAAGCAAAUGUUCCCUUCUAACUGAAGGUGAGGUGCGACCAAACCUCGCCGUUUUAGUCACUGAACACUCUAAAAGUAUCGACUUCCACAUCAGACUGGUUAAAUAAAGCAACCACAUGUUCUAAUGUGAUAAUGUUUAUACCUCAAGACUAUCAAGUGUGUUGAAUGUGUAGCGUAGACUCCCUGUGUUCUCUGUCCUUGUGUAUUAGGCUCUUUUAAUUAAAACACAAACUUCA